GCACAACCAUGCUGGGAGCCGUCUGUCUCGUCGUGCUGCUGGGCUACGCCUAUGGAUGCGGCCAGCCGGCCGUGCCCCCACAGCUGAGCUCCCGCGUGGUGGGCGGUGAGGACGCCGUAGCCCACAGCUGGCCCUGGCAGAUCUCGCUGCAGUACAGCCGCUCUGGGUCUUGGCACCACACCUGUGGCGGGACCCUCAUUGCCCCCCAGUGGGUGCUGACGGCUGCCCACUGCAUCAGCUCUUCCAUGACGUACCGUGUGCUGCUGGGCAAGCAGGACCUGUUGACGGAUGAUGAGCCGGGUGCCGUGGCCGUGGGCGUGGAGAAGACGAUCGUCCAUGAGAAGUGGAACUCCUUCCUCGUCAUCAAUGACAUCGCCCUGAUCAAGCUGGAAGAGGCAGUCCAGGAGAGCGAUACCAUCCGGGCCGCCUGCCUGCCUGACGCUGAGAAGAUCCUGCCCAACAACUACCCCUGCUACGUCACCGGCUGGGGACGCCUCAGGACCAACGGGCCCCUGGCCGAUGUCCUGCAGCAGGCCCUGCUGCCCGUGGUGGACCACGAGACCUGCUCGAAGUGGGACUGGUGGGGCAGCCUCGUGCGCACCACCAUGGUGUGCGCCGGCGGUGACGGCGUCGUCUCUGGCUGCAACGGUGAUUCCGGUGGCCCCCUGAACUGCCAGCGCGAGGACGGGAUCUGGGAGGUGGAAGGGAUCGUCAGCUUCGGCUCCGGGCUGAGCUGCAACAUGAUCAGGAAGCCAACGGUGUUCACCCGUGUGUCUGCCUACAUCGACUGGAUCAACGAGAAAAUGAGCUCCAACUGAGGACUCGGCACGUGGAGAUACGAGUGUUGAGUGUGAUAAA